UAAAUGAACACGACUGCAGAAACGAGGAGCAGAUCUUUAUAUUUGGGUCUCUUCUCUGAUUUUCAAAUUCAUCAUCUGUAAUUUUUUUCAACUGUGAGAGUCUAUGCAAUUCAGUGAGUGCUGUAUAAAAGUAACAGAUCUUGUUCUUCACAAUGUCUUCUGAUGAAUCAUAUACUAGUCUUCCUACUAGCCACUUGCUUGGUUCUGUUCCUGCUGUCAUCAGUGAAGAAAAGGUCACCUCUGCAGCUCACAUUCCUGAAGCAAAUUUGCAAAUAUUUCCACCGAACAAUAAUGGAGGGCGGCAAGGAUAUCAAACCAUGGCUAGUCCUAGCGAGGGUGAUGGACAGCAAUAUCCAAAUAGCUGGAAAGGAGUAUUUAGCAUCUCAUCAUACACACAGUACUUCAAUGUAGAUACAGAUGUUGUCUUGAACAGAUUGACUAGUUCUUUGUUUCCAAGUGGAGAUUUUUUCAGUAAGAUCGACGCAAAUCCUGAUCUCUAUGGGCUUGUCUGGAUAUCUACUACGCUGGUAUUUUUGAUUGCUUCCCUUGGAAACUGUGGGACAUAUCUGAUGCAAAAAAGAAGUAUCAGCAAUAAUCCUUGGAGCUUUGAUGUCAGCUAUAUCAAUAUGGCAGCAGGCGCGGUAUAUGGUUAUGCCCUUCUCGUGCCAAUGGUAUUCUACUUCUUGCUUCAGUAUCUGGGUUCAAAUGUCAGCCUUGUACGCUUUUGGUGCAUGUGGGGAUACUCGCUCUUCAUAUUUAUCCUCAGCUCUUUUCUAUUGGUUAUACCUGUGGAAUUUAUCCGGUGGACCAUCAUUCUCAUUGCUGGUGCAGCAUCAGCUAGCUUUGUGACUUUAAAUCUGCGGUCCUAUUCACAAAUGAAUGAUCUAACAGUGGUGCUGGUUGCUGCAUGUGUCUUGCAAUAUGGGUUGGCAUUUUUCAUCAAGAUGUGGUUUUUUGCCUAAGCUUUAGGCAGUAGGAUUGAUACACACAUGAGCCAGCUUCUAUUUCUGUCAAAGUAUAUUUGACCAACUAAUAUAGAAGGUAUCGUUGUUUUGGUUUAUGUCCUGUUACUGUUACUAUCUAUUCUUACUAGGUUUGAUUGCAGUGAGGUGGUCAGUCAUUGUAAUGCAAGGAAUUUCUAAGACAUUCUUGAAUUCGACUAGUGACUUCAUGAAGCUGGUUCUGGUGUUUGAUUUGGGUUCAUCUAUUGUGAGAAUUAGAAGACCAAUGUUAGAUAAAUGCGACUCUGUUGUCUAAGACUUGUAUGUUGGAGAGUGCGGGCUUUUGUUGCAUUUUCGCUGUGUACAUAAAAAUGCUUACAUAUAAAAAAUAGGAGACAUUUCUUUUUACACAAUACAUGUUAGGAAUUUCUUGUUAUCUAAAUGAAGCAAUAAUGGCAAAACUGCAUUUUGCCUUCAUUCAA